CUUCGAUGAGGAGUGCUUCCAGGGCCGUCGCCAUGAGUUCACCUCCGAGUGCUGCAACGUGAUGGAGUUCGGCUUCGAGACCGUGCGCUCCCUCAGGGUGGAGAGCGGAGCCUGGGUGGGUUACGAGCACGCCUCCUACCAGGGACAGCAGUUUGUCCUGGAGAGGGGAGAGUACCCUCAGUGCGAUGCUUUCGGAGGCAGCAACGCCUACCACAUCGAGAGGAUGACCUCCUUCAGACCUAUCGCCUGUGCUAACCACAGAGAGUGUCGUAUGACCAUCUACGAGCGUGAGAACUUCCUGGGCCGUAAGGGCGAGCUGAGCGACGAUUAUCCCUCCCUCCAGGCCAUGGGCUGGUGCAACAAUGAAGUUGGCUCUCUCAGGAUCCAGUCUGGAGCAUUUGUGUGCUACCAGUAUCCUGGUUAUCGUGGAUACCAGUAUAUCAUGGAGUGUGAUCGUCACUGUGGGGAGUUUAAACACUUCAGGGAGUUUGGCUCCCACUGCCAGACCCCUCAGAUCCAGUCCAUCCGCCGUAUUCAGCAGUAACAACCUACUCCAAACAACCCUUUCACCCAUUUGAACCUUCACCUCUGACCCCUUCUGCUUCCCAGUGCUGAAUAAACUGUCUUUCUUAAACCCUACUGACUUCCACCAUUGUA